CCAAGAUAGUACUGUUUUAAGUACUUUGAUUACAUAAUCAUUCGCAUAACUUAAUAAACAAGAAAUAUAUACCUUUAUUAACACUACUACGUACCCUUACGAAUAAUCACUCUAUAUAACAAUUUACUUCAUCAACGUAAAUUAAAACAACACUUAUUUCUAAUCAAUAUGGAGCCAAAAAGAAUUUUUGAAGCCUCCCUCACCGGUGACAUAACAAAACUCCAUUCAUUACUCUUUGAAGACCCGUUCCUACUCGACCGAGUUACCCUAAAUUCGGUCGAAACUCCUCUUCACAUCUCAUGCAUGGCAGGACAAACAGAGAUAACCAAAGAGUUUCUCUCCCUAAGGCCGAAAUGGGCUCAAGAGCUUAACCAACAAGGGUUAAGCCCUCUCCACAUGGCCUCGGCCAAUGGACAUGUGGAGAUAGUGAAAGAGAUUGUUAGUGUUGUUGGAGCCAAUGUUUGUCGUUUGAAGGGACAAGAUGGGAAAGUUUCACUUCACUUUGCUGCCAUGAAAGGUCAAGUAAGUGUUCUUAGGGAGCUUGUUUCGGCUUGUCCCGAGUCUGUCUCGGAAGUGACUGUGGGAGAGGAGAGUGUUCUUCAUUUGGCUGUGAAGAAUAACCAGUUUGAGGCUGUUAGGGUUUUGAUUGAAGAGCUUCGAAAGCUUGGGAAAAUGGAGAUAGUUAAUUGGAAAGAUAUAGAAGGAAAUACGGUUUUGCAUUUGGCUACUUUUCAUAAACAGCACCAGUGUGUUAAAAGUUAA